AUGCCGCACAGGGUGCUUUCGGCGCUGGACUCGGCGCGUACACAAUUGUUCUGGAUAGGGUUUCGUAUUGGCAGGGAUUAUCCUUUGUCUGCGACAAUCAUGGCCGAAUACGCAAAUACCACAACCAGAGUAGCUUUGAUAGCUGCGGUAUUUGGGGUGCAGGGUCUUGGAAUUCUUUCGGGUAGUGCAGUGGCCGUAAUUGUGUCGGGUAGCAUGAAUUCAGCAGUGGGCGAUAAGCCGACUUUCGGGCAGAAGGACGUGGUGUGGAGAAUAAUCUUAACGAUAGGAGCCGUUCCCGCAGGUUUUACAUAUUACAGGCGGUUGAAAAUGCCCGAGACCACCCGCUACACAGCUUUGGAUGCCAGAAACGCCAGGCAAGCAGCAGUGGAUAUGUCGAGAGUUCUUAAUCUGGACAUUCAUGAAGAUGAGGCGGAUGUUUUAGGCACUCAAAGUUGGCCGGCGCCGUUCGGAUUGUUUUCCAUGUCUUUCGUGAAGCGGCACGGGCUAGAGUUGCUAGGCACGGCAUCCAGUUGGUUCUUCGUGGAUAUUGGAUUCUACCGUGGCAAUCUAUUUCAGAGAGAUAUAUAUCAUAAUAUCAAAAGGUUGAGGUGUAAAUAUACGAAUCCAUUAGAUGAUAUUUAUCGUUUUGCAAGGGCACAGUUUUCUUGUUCGCCCUCGCCAUUCCUUACAAAAGUUACUGGCUUGACGAAUCUCAUCGACAUGGCUCUCUGGCGAUCUAUUCUCUGA